GCUGUGCAGUUCGUGCACAGUGAGCUGCAGGCUGUGAGAGGGAGAGCUGACGAGGAGAGCGCGGAGAGGGCGAUGCUAGAGUUGCGAUGGAUCCCUCAUCUCGCCGCCGGACAAGUGUUGAUGGGAAUCUAAGGGCCUCGCUCGCGGCUGCCGGAGGGCGGCGUGGGUCGGGGACGACGGAUGCGGCGUCUAGCGACAGCCGACCAAUGUUCGAUAAGAAAAUGCGGAAGCCGUCGAUGAGGUUUGGUCGCGCGGGCGCUUCCGUCCUCCAAGAUGGUUCAGCGAGCCUUAUUGCGGGGGUAGACGAGGAGGACGAGGAGGAGGCUGAGAGAGGCGCGCGGGGUGGCGGGGUAGAUGGCAAGUCUUCGUCUCAGUCGAAAAGACCUUCCCAGUCGGGCAAGCGCAGGGGGCCCUCCGGCGAAAGCCGUAGGGGUUCCGCGGAAUCCACUUCGGACCAACGGCAGCGGCAAGGGGGGACACAGCGGCGUCGGUCAAGCCGGCCUUCCACCCAGGUGGAAACCCGACGGGCUAGCGGCGACUCCGGUGGCCUUUCGAAGAGACGCGGAGCACCCCCGAUGGGACCGAUCCCGUCCAUGACCGACGCCGCCCUCAAGGACCUGAUCGAAACCUCGCUCAACGAGGAGAAGACCGCGAGAGCACCGCUCCUCAGGACAUCCACCUCGCCCAACCCCACACCGCUCAAGGUGGUGCUAAUGGGACGUGUGCUGAUUCCCUCCUCGAAGGGCACCUCCAUCCCGUCGGGAUCCAACGGACGGGAUAAGCCCAGAGCCAGCCGAUCAAGGGUGCACUCUGUCUGCAUUGUAAUGGAAGACAGGACCAGCUCGGCGGGCUCCUAUUGGUCAGGCUCCGUGAGAGACAUCACCGUGCACCCGGGCCCAGAAGGCCGCGAGGUCGCGGAGAAGACAGUCGUGACGAACCGUGGGUGGAACAUUAAGGGGCUUUCUGGUGUUGAGAAGAGAGAUGGGACCCGGGAGACGGAGGGAGCGGCUUUCACCCUCACCUUCGAGACGGGCAGAAGCUCGUCCCCGACGGCUGUGGGCCAAGAGUCCAGCUACACCUGGGAAGGCGUUAACGCGGCGGCGUGCGACGAGAUCCUUUGGGGUCUGCUCACACUCAACAGGGCCAUGCAGGAGGGCGACGAGCUAGAGCCCGUCAACGUCAGCCUCAAGGAGUUGGACGCGACCGCGGUGUACCACGGCUUGGCCACUAAGCACCCACUCGUCCCAAAGCUGGCCAGACAAAUACGAGCGGACGAGCGCAGUCGUAACCGAGGGGAUGGGGGCUCCGCCGCCAAUGGCCCGAAGUGGGACUACGAGGAGUUCGAGCAGGGGGAGGCGGUGCUGGGGCGGUUGAAGUGGCUGGAGAAGGGGCGGGAGGGUCUGUUAGAGGAGCUCUCGGACGAGCUGGAGGGCUUGGAAGGGAGUACCAUACACCAGCUUAUCGCUUGGUCCGAAAAGACCGCUGAGACCGAGACGCUAAUAUCCAUGCUCGACGAAGUGGACCAACAACUGCAAGUCAUGGAGGGGUGGCUGGAGCAGCACGGCAAACCUCUUGAGGCGAUGCAGGUCGACAUGGCGGAGAUCGAGAGGAAGAACAACAAGCUAGACGUUCAGUGGAGGAACUACCAGAACCUCCACGAAUACCUCAAGCACCUGGUGGAGGCCAUCUCCAUCUCCCCCAGCAACGAGUCCAUGCUGCGGAACCCCCAGGUCGUCCUCGACGCGGCUCUGAACGCCAGCGACGAGGACCCGACUCCAGCGGUGGAAAAGGUUGUUGCGGCAGCCGAGUCCCUCUCUACCGCCCUCGCCUCUAUUGAGCAGCUUGCCGCCCACGAGUCGACGUCCUCCCUGCAGCUGCUGGCUGACCAGCGCACUAAGCUCAUGGGGCUUGCGGAGAUCACGUGCUCGCAACUCAUGGGCUUCUGCCGGCGGCUGCUGAAGAGACUGACCUCGCAGGAGGGGGGCGGCGGAGGAGGAGGGGGAGGUACCCCCCCGGUCAGCGGGCCCCCCACCAGGGACAGGAGGAACAGCGGGGCCGCGGACACGUCGACCCAGCGGCUGAUGCUGGCGCAGCGACAGUUCCACGGGCAUCUUAUCGACUACGAGCUCAUUUUCGCCCAGGUGCGCAAGCUGGACGAGAGCGGGCAGAGAAGCAUCGAGCUGCAGGCUGCCUACGCGGAGGACCUAAACCAGGGGCUCCUCAAGUCUCGCACCAAAAGCUACUUCGCGGACCUGAUUCCACGGAUCGUGUUCCACCACAGCAGCCCGGGUUUGGCUUCCAUGGAGCGUUCUUUGAUAGGGGACAGUGCCGAACCAUCCCCGGUCACGCCGGGACCCACGAUCUCGGCGGUGCAGCUUACCCCCGUAGCGGCGUUGAAGCAGUGCCUGGAUCAGAUGAUGCCUGCCGUCGCCAGAGAGCAAGCCUUCUUCAGCACCUUGUUCGGUCUCGAUCCCGCCAAGGAGCCCCAAGACAGAGACGCUGUGCACAAGAUGCUGGAGGUAGGCUUCGGCGAGCUUAAGGUGAUCUUCAAGGGCCUCGCGUCCGACCUAGGGGACAACCCCUUCGACACGCUGGGGGUGCUGGCCCUCAUUGAGCAGGCGCAGCUGAAACAGGCGCACCUCGUUACCCUGGGCAUCCUUAUGGAAUUCAAGGGGCUACUCAUGCACCGCUUCGGCAAGUUCAUCAAGGACCAGGUGUCGUGGAUUCAAGCCCAGAGGGGCGACGCGAAGAAGGCGGGCAUUCUCGCCGCCGUUGCAAAGGCCCCAACCCUGCUGAAGAGGCUCCAGGCGGCUUCCAACGCUGCCGUCGUUGGCACCCGGGGCAAUGCCAAGGCCAAGGAGCAGAACGAGGGAGGGGAGGCUCAAAAGGCCUACCAGAGGUUGGUGAUCGCGCUGUUCGAGCACAUUGAAGAAGUCGCGUCUAGGAACCCCAAGUACGAGCACAUGGUUCGGCUGGAGAACUACCACUUCUUCGCCGCCACGAUGCGCCCGCUUAAGGUGCAGGUUUUGAGCGAGUACGUGGAGCAGGCGGACAAGCUGGAAGAAGUCUCCACCACGAGGUACCUGGAAUGGCUGGUAGGCUACCAGUUCCCCGUCCUGACGCAGUUCUUCGCCAAGGUGGAAGACCUUGCCAUGACGGUGGGAGCGGCGGACGUGACCUACCAUGAGCCGAAACGCAACCUAGAGGCGACGCUCAAGAAGCAGGGGGACAUGAAGGUAAUUGUGGAAGGAUUGAAGGCGACACACCAGCGGAUGGUCAAGCACGUGACCAAAGAGGGCCAGCUGUUGGGACCGCUGUGGGCGAAGCUCUCCGACACGCUGUUUGCCAUGUACGAGGAGCUCUGCACGCUGUGCUACCAGCACACCCUCGACCCGGGAGCCGUCGCCGUCAAGCGGGCGGCCACCGAGAUAGGCGGCGGCGGGCCCCCAUCCCGCAACGGCGGCAACAACAACAUGCCAAGCUCCACCAACGGCGGAGGAAGCUCUUCCCGCAUAGACGAUGGCGAAGAGAGCGGCCUCGCGUCCCCCUCCUCCGCCGGGGGCCGGAGCUUUGGCGGCGGCAGCGGCGCCUUUGGUGGAUCGUUCUCUAGCCUAACCUCGCCGACGCACACGGGCCGCGACAGCUCCGGUUCCGGGGUGUUAGGUAUUUCGGGGAGCGGGGCGCACACACCUCCCGGCGGGGGAAACGGGUUGUCGUCGCCGAGAGCCGGCGGGGGCAACUCUCCGGUGAAUCGCGGGAAGCAGUUCUUUGCGAAGCACUUGCGCAUGUGAUGGGGGAAGGAAGGCGGCCUCUCUCUCUCGUCCAACUCUAGACUCGCGCCAGUGAGCGACCUGAGGCGAAAUGUGUUAUGGGUACGAUUUCUUGGCGAUGUGGCGCGGGCGGGAAGCAAGGUCUAGGGGGGGUAUAUCCCAGAGACGGCACGUAUGAUCCUGAGCGGAGCCAGAUUCUAGAUUCGUGCACGUGCAUAGGAGACGAUAGUUUUGUCAAUUUGUUUUUCGCUCGUCAUACGCCACGUUUCUUUGGACGGUUGUCCCUUGUCGUUAAAAGGGAUGGCCAAAAAGACGAUUCCAUAAGAAGUCGCCUCAGGUGUUGAGGAUUGCUAUUAAGCCGUGGUGUUUUGCGGAGGCGGAAAGCUGGGUUUCAUGAAGGCAAUGUCCCGCGUUAGGUUUGUCAAUUGUCUCGUAAAGGCCAUAAUGGGUAAAGUCAGCAACGUAUCCUUCUUCCCGGGUGUUGGUUCAACGCUGACCGCUACACAACGCGACACCUGGCGACGGGUUUGUUCUCCGUUGACUUCAUACCUUUGGUUUGUAGAAUCUUGUGAAGCAUCGUACUGACUGUCGGGUGACUCUGUCGUUGGUUUCGAGCAUUGGCCAAGUACAGGAUUACCAUUCUGAAAAAGGAGCCUGCAGCAGAUCGAAUCAAGAGUCAGCAGCGUGACCGAGAGCAAAUAAAUUUCGCCAACGAACCUCACGAUUCGUUUGCUGGACUGUGCCCACACGUCUCUAGGUAUUUUCGCGUGCCCAGGGGGCUGCCUCUCUGUGGGAUUAGAGGUGCUUUGUCGAGGACGCCGCCUUCGAGAGGCCACCGGGGUUCCCAUGAUGAGUCAUUUUUCUCUACUGCUGUUACACGGAAGUACCAGGUAGCGCUAUGUAGACUCGAACGUCUCUUAAUUCCAACAAACAGUUUUUGACUCAGAUCCAUGGUUCACCAUUGCCACGACCGU